AUGACUCAUCAUUAUAAGCAUAUUUUAAAUAAUUUAUUUGAACACGAUAAUGUGGAAAAUUUUGAUAAAAUGACAAUGCGAUUACCAAUGGAAGGUUAUUUAUACGAUGUUCGAACAUCCGGAGAAUACAUCCCAGAUCCUGUUCCUGAGACAAAGACAUUGGAUGGUUGUGAUCACCACCGCCGCUUCAGCCAUCACCACAGGAAAUCAGAUACACCUUGGAUAGCAUUUGAUGAAGAUGAGGAUGAAGAAGAUCACGAGGGAAGCUGUUCCUCAGAUUCUUUCAAGAAACAGCUAUCCAAGGACCUGCAGGAUCCAGCCGGUGAUUCCUCUUCCGCAGCUACCAGUUCCGAUGAAUCAAACAACAGUAUUGGGUGCGGUUCUUCUGUGUCGAACUCUUCUUGUGGCAGGGGAGAAGCCACAUCUUUUUUGGUCAUCGGGGACGGUCGAACGCGUAGACGUAAAGACCCUGCAGCACCCCGUAGGGACAGGUCUCGUUACACGUGUUCCGAGUGUGGUAAACAGUAUGCCACAUCAUCCAAUUUAUCGCGACAUAAACAAACGCAUCGUAGCCCAGACUCGCAGUUGGCCAAGAAGUGUCCCACCUGCGGGAAGGUAUAUGUCAGUAUGCCGGCUUUGUCGAUGCAUGUACUUACGCACUCGCUAAGUCACAAGUGUAACGUGUGUGGAAAAGCUUUUUCCAGACCAUGGUUGUUGCAGGGACACAUGCGCUCACAUACGGGCGAGAAACCAUUUGGCUGCGCUCAUUGCGGCAAGGCCUUCGCGGACCGCUCCAAUUUGAGGGCCCACAUGCAGACUCAUUCUUCCUUCAAGCACUACAGAUGUCACAAGUGCAACAAAUCGUUCGCUCUGAAGUCCUACCUCAACAAGCACUUCGAAUCCUCUUGCUACCGCAUGGAUGGGCUUGUCGAGCUACCCGAUGGUGCAGAGGAAGAAGCUGAAGGAGACGACGAAGCGGAUAUGCACGAACCCCCUACAAAAACGCUUUAGCUUUAUGGGAUAUCCGUAAUGUCGGCUCACUGACCAAGAAAGAUGGCUUAGUUAAUGAAAUAUUUCGUAUUUAACUCAGCCAUUAUAAGUUAUUAAUGCUGCUUUUGGAAGUUAUAAGGUGAAAAGUUGCAAAGAAAUUCUUUUGGUAUUUAAAAGAAUUUUUGAGCUAUGUAGCAUGCUUUUAUACAUUGUUUUCGGUAUGUAAAUAAUUUACAUUUUUUAGACACAGGUAAUAAGAAGAGUGUAUCACAUUAAUUUAAUAGAUUGCUUUAAAUAUAUGUUAUCCUCGUUGAUUAGUAAUCAGAGCUUAAAUAAGUUUCAUCCUAAAACUUUCUUUAAAUUAGUGAGCUUUUAUUUUAGAUUUACAAUAGUUUAUCAAAUGUUACCUGGAAACUUACAAAUAUGUGUAUUUAGCUUAAGUUACAGAAAUACGAUUUUUUAAAGCAUAGCUUAAAUAUAGUUUUAGACUAUUAGGGAUAUUUUAUGAUAAUAAUAACGAUAUAAAAUUUUAUUUAAAAACUGUAAUUUAUUUUAACAGAAUAUUGCGAUUGAUAUAAACAUUAAAUAUAAUAUAAAAAGUUGGUUUGUAAUAACUAAAUGAUAAUUUGAAUGAAUUUAUUUUCAACAAGUUACAUUUUCCUUGAAGCAAUAAAUGUUGAAGUUUUACAUUUAGAAAACAGUACACUGAUAUUUUAAAGUUUACUGAAAUGAUCUAAUGACUGCAAUAUAAAGAACAAAAAUAAUCAUUGCAGAUUGGAAUUACAUUUUAAACCAAUGACAGCGGCUAGUCAUUGCGCAUAUCAGCAAUAAAUGUUCUUUAUUUGUAAAUACGAAAAUUUGGCACCAGAGCAGAAACAUUGGCAAGUGUCAAUAUCAAAGGUGUACAGGUAGACUUCAUACGUAUUGAUUACACUAAUAAAUUUUCUAAUGAAAUUGUUAAUUAUUUAGCUGCAAUGCUUUAAUUUAAAUGAUAUCCAUGAUUUAUUAUUUUAUGAUUAUAUUAAAAGGUAAUCAUUAAUAGUUUUAGAAAAUGUUUUUAUUAAUUGCUAUUUAGUACUUUUUGUUUUAAAAUUAGGUUUAGAUAUUUUGAAUAACAUUUAGUAUGGUGCUGUGGCAUCUGAACAGGUCUUGAUAGCCAUAAUUAUCUUAUUUUAAUUCUAAUAAACCGUUUACUUAAAAGCAAGCAACAGAUCAGACUAUAUGAAUUGCUUUUGUUCUUUGAUAGAAACUUUACGGUUUUUCAAGAUGUAUCAAACAUAGUAAAGAAAUUAUAUCCUAACGUUAACUUUUGCUUCUUAUUUGCAACACAACAGAAAAUUAAUUAGAUAUUCUUCACCGAGAAUAAACCCAUUAUUUUUUAAAAUCUUUUUGUCUGUGAUAUAAAAAUUGAAACAUAGAUUAGUAUUAAUAAAAUUUUAAAUGUAAUGAUAAUGAGUAUGAAAAUUAAUAUAUAAAUAUGCCCUGUUCGUGACAGAAAUCUGUUUUUCUUUUGACAUCCGAAACUAUAUAAAUGUUAAUUUUCUAAUUAAUGUCCUUCUCCUGAAGAUAGGUAAUACUAGAUAGUAAUUUAAUAAAAACGAUGAAAGACAGUUAUUCUCAGAAAUAGUCGAUCAAAAUAUAUUUUUUAUCUCAUUUAGUUGUAGGUAAUGCAUUUCACUAUAUAUGUUAUAAAAUGAACUACAAGUAAAACGUAAGAGCACAAAAUAAUGCGAAAGAAAACAUGCAGUAAGUUGGCAAAUUUUCAAGUUAAAUGCUGUAAUUUUGUGCUGAUUGUGUUCCAACGCAUUUACGAUGCAUCUCAAAUAUAAUGUAUUACACAAUGACAUCGAUUCUUUUCAUAAAUAUAUAAAAUAUACUAAAUAAUAACUAUAUUUAACAUAUGAUAUCCAUGCAUAUUAUAUAAUCGUAUUGUAAAUCUGUACCAAGUGGACACGCUCAGACACAUUUCACGGAUAUGAAAGGUUAUUGUAUUAUAUUUUAUUGCCAUCUGUGGAUAUUUAUUACACUGUGUAGUAAAAUAAAAUAUAUCGCUCUUCAUUUUAGGAAAAUCGUACUUUUCUCUAUGAAAAUUAAUAUCAAAUGGAAAAGGUAAUUUCAAAUGUGCAACAAAUAUAAAAUAUAAAUUUCCGAAAUAUUGUCUGAAGUAAUAUUACGUUCACUCGCUACUGGCUAAUGUUGAUGCCAGAUGCCAUAUUUGUUUAAAAGUUGAGCUUAAUAUACUGAAGGUUACCAUUAUUGUUAAAAUUUAUGAAUGGGUGAUAUAACGUUUUGUGUAUGAAUACUUGAGCUAAGUAAUAUAUAUAUAUAUAUUUAAAAUUUAAUUAAAGUUUAAAA